CCCCAGCACCGAGGCCGUCCCCGAAGCCCCCAGCCCCAGCAAGGUGCACAAGAGCUGGAGCUUCAACGACCGCACGCGCUUCCGCGCAUCGCUGCGGCUCAAACCGCGGCUGCAACCUGAGGCAGAGUGCCCACCGGAGGACAACGGUGAGGAGAAGGGCUCCCACUGCGACCUGACCUUCGAGGACAUCAUGCCAGCAGUGAAGACCCUGAUCCGUGCUGUGCGGAUCCUCAAGUUCCUGGUGGCCAAGAGGAAGUUCAAGGAGACCCUGCGUCCCUACGACGUGAAGGACGUCAUUGAGCAGUACUCAGCUGGGCACCUGGACAUGCUGGGCAGGAUCAAGAGCCUGCAGACACGCGUGGACCAGAUUGUGGGCAGGGGGGGCCCUGCUGCUGACAAGAAGAUCCGGGAGAAGGGGGAGAAGGCAGUGCUGGAUGCAGAGCUGGUGGAUGAGCUGAGCAUGAUGGGCCGCGUGGUCAAGGUGGAGAGGCAGGUGCAGUCCAUCGAGCACAAGCUGGACCUGCUGCUCGGCCUCUACUCGCAGUGCCUGCGCAAGGGCUCGGCCAACUCCUUCAGCCUGGCAGCCGUGCCGCUGCCCCGGGAGCCCGACAUCACCUCGGAUUAUCACAGCCCUGUGGAGCACGAGGACGUGUCGGCGUCAGCCCAGACGCUGAGCAUCUCCAGGUCGGGCAGCGCCAACAUGGACUGAAUGAAUGGUGGGACGGGGCCGCAGGGAUGGCUCCGGCCGUGGGGGCUGUGGGGACGUGGGACCCCCCCGGCCCCACUGAGCUGCGUCCCCCUCUGCAUUACUUGAACUCGGUGUCCUUGCGGGUGGGCAGCAGCUGCGCUCUGUGCUGAGCGCUGUGGUGGGGAUGGGGGGAGCAGCAGUGCUGUGGUGGGUGCUCUCCAUUGGGGUUGGGAGCCCCCAGCCCAGGGCGCGUAUCCGCCUCCCUAUGGGGGUCCUGCACGUCCCAGAGCCGCUCUGGGACCGGCACAGCUAUGCAAGGCUCCAGCUCCGGAGCUGAGCCCUUGGGCACAACCCUACGGGGUCUUAUCGGGGUGGGGGGGUUACCCCAUCGCCCUCCUCUGCCAAGGUUCCCCCUGCUCACAGGGCUGCGGCUGCACCUCCAGAAGUGCAGCAGAACCUUCUGCCCCUGCAUGCUCCCAGGGCAGUAUCUAUCUAUAUAUGUAAGAGACAGAUAUGCAAUAAUAUCUUAAUAUGCAACGCCCCCGGGAACAGCCACCCGGGGGACAAACGUAGGCAAUAAGCACCUCCUGCCAGCACGCGGGGUGCGUCCUGCUCCGCAGGGGGCUCAGACCUCCCCCGAGGGUGGUCCCAAGGCUGUGGGGCCGGGCAGGAGGAGGGGGCGGUGGUCCACCAGGAGCAUCCCUCCCUGCCCCCGCUGGAGGACUCCUUCCCUGCUUGUCCCUGGCCCCGUCCCUGGCCCCUGGGGGUGACUGCGGGUGGGGACAGCGUGGCGGUGGCGGUGCCCUUUGCACGCUGCUUGCACCAGGGCUGCUUUCCAGUCCCCCACCGCAGUAGUGCCAAAAUUUGUUGGUACCCCUCCGGGGGGGGGGAGCUCGUGGGACCCCCUUUUGCCUUCGAAUCGUGGGGAUCCCAACCCCACUCUGCUGCUGCUCCCAGCAGGGCUGUGCCCGGGGAUGCCCCCAGCCCCUCCUUUCCCUCCGUAGUGCAUGUGAACAGCAUGGGCUGUGCUCGCAGCCCCCCCAGGCUGUGCCGUGGGGCCGGGGAUGCCCAGGGGGUGACGCACAGCCACGUCGUGGGUACCCGGCCCUGGAGCGAGGGUGCAUGUGACAGCUUCCCCCCAGCCCCGCUCAGUCCUUAACCCGUAGGGCUCCUCCCCGGGGCUGGCUGGGCCCCUCAGUCCCUCUUUUUUCCCCCCAGCCGCCCGUAGUUACCUCACUUUAUUAACUUAUUAACUUAUUUCUUUCAUUAAACUUUGAAGUAGACGCCGCCUGCCCACCUGGUUUCUGCCCCCGCUCACCCGAGAGGUGGCACUCCAG